GGCGGUAAUCGUUCAAGUUGGCGAAGGCACGCAGGGGAAUGAUAAAGGAGAAGGAGAAGGGCGGCGGCGCCCGGCUCAAGGAUGAGCCCAGCGACCCCGCCGAACCCGGGCACGGGUCGCGGCCGCCGUCAGCGUCGCUGCCGACCCCAGCGGCGCUGAAGAAAGAGCCGGACGAGCCGCAGCACAGGGUCAAAAUGGAACCGCAUAGCCAGACCGGCGGGGAGGACUCUACCGCUGACCUAGGCGUUGAUGGCAUUAAGACUGAAAUCGACGGUCUUAUGGAUAGUGAUGGUGAUCCAACAAAGUCGCCAAACUGUGAACUCGGGGGUCCCGGGUCGUUGAAGUCAGAGCGCCUAUCGUCAGACUCUAAUGAUAUCCUCGACCCACAAACUGGCCUCAGAACUUCUGGAAACAACUUACAGCAGGACGGAAAUCCAAACUGCCGCAACCCUAACAGUGGUCCAGAGAACAUGGGGUCUUGCCGCAUGGGAGGUUCCGGUCCAAUGGGGCCCGGCGUCUCUAUGGGUCCUAUGUCUGCCAGCGAGGCGCAGACUUUACCAUCUAACGUCAUCAGCAAACAGGCCGGUAGUAUGGAGCAAAGUCAGAUCUUCGUGUUUUCUACGCUGUUGGCCAACAAGGGCGCAGAAUCCGUGAUAUCCGGGCAGCACCACUCCAUUAUUGCGUAUCAUUGCGCGCAACCUGGCACUAAAAAGUAUCUAGAGAAACACCCUUUGAAAAUGGGACAAUUCAACAAACAGAGCCCUGCUCAAUGGCUGAACAAUCUUGCGAUGUCUAGAAACCGCAGUGGAGUCCGAGGCGGUCCUAACAUGAUGGGUGGUCCUAACCAAAUGAGUCACAUGAUGGGCGGUCCAAUGGGCCCUAAUAUGGGUCCGAUGGGACACAGUGGUAUGGGCCCAAAUAUGAUGGGUCCGAACAUGAUGGGCCCAAACAGAUUGGGUGGUCCAGGCACUCAGAUGAUGAUGAUGAAAGGUGGGCCCGGCCAAAUGGGCCAAAUGGGACCCGGGAUGGGCCCGAUGGAUGGGUUUCCAGGGGGCACCCCGUCCUGUGGUGUCAUGGACGGCCUCGGUGCUGAUGGUGAAAUGCCCUGGGACACCAAAAACCCCUCCGUAAUGCCUAAUGGCAUGGCAAACGGCUGUGGACCCAUGCCUCCCUGUUCUGAGGGUAAUGCCACAUCGGCCGACACUCCAGCUACCAGUGGUGCCCCAUCUGAUCCCACUGGUGGACCUGAUGCAUCUUGCCAACAACCUGGCCCUAAAGGUGUGAAAAUUCCAGAUGAAAACCUAACACCACAGCAGAGGGCGCACCGCGAGGAACAACUGGCGACGAUACGCAAAAUGCAGCAGAUGUUAUUCCCAGAGAGUGGAGGUCCCAACAGCAACCAAGGUCCCGGUCCUGGGCCGGGCGACAACAAUCAACCACCCAACGACAUUAACCCGCCCAAUUCCACCGCCAACAUGAACAUGCCUUUCCCACCUAUGUCUGGCAUGGGUCCAAAUGGCCCAAUGGGCUCUGGACCUAACGGCCCAAUGGUAUCGAUGUCUAACAGCAUGAGUUCUGGACCCAGUUGCACAAUGUCGGGACCCAUGGGCCCAAAUGGACCGAUGGGUCCUGGACCAAUGGGGCCUGGUGGUCCCAUGGGUCCAAACGGACCUAUGGGUGGUCCGAUGGGUGGCAUGGGCGGGCCGGGUGGUAUGGGGAUGGGUGGGCACGGCUCUAUGGGUCCUAACGGUAUGAUGGGCCCUAAUGGUCCUAUGAUGCCGGGCAUGGGUCCAAACGGGCCUAUGGGUCCAAUGGGACCUUGUGGGAUGAAGGGAAUUCGUGGUCCUUGUGGUGGCCCAGACAUGAAGAGUGGCAUGUGCACAGAUAUGCACAUGGGAAGGGCGUGCGGAGGCCCCAUGGGGCGAAUGCCAAACCCCAUGGGCGGAAUGGGUGGGCCUAAACCUUGUAUGAUGGGAGGACCUCACAUGGGCCCCAGGAUGAUGCCAGGACCUAACAUAAAUGCAAUGAAUGGUGGAAUCAUGAUGGACGGAAGCAUGAUGGGUGGCAUGGUCGGGCAUGGCGAUUGCCCGCCUGAUCACCACGCUAUGCCCAAUGGACCCAUGUGUGACGAAUAUGGACGUGGGAGAAAUAUGGGUCCUGGUGACCCCGGCGGGUUGGGCCCAGGCGUCCCCGGUGGCCUGCACAAAGGUCCCGGUGGACCUAUGCGCAGUCCCAAAAGUCCCAGCGCCGGCGCAGAUAUUGAUUGGCAGAAGAUACACCACCAGUUCUUUGAGGACCCGAAGUCUAUGGAUAAUGAAUUGAGUACACAAGUGAAAUCUCCCUGUUCAGAAAGAGGCGGUUGCUUGCCUCCGCCACCGUACGGUGCUUCUCCCUUACACCGAUCUGCCUCUGUACCUAUUGUGUCUCAAUCAACAGCGACGCAAUCGCCAAGCCAUGGGUCCGUGCCGAUGACGAUGUCGGCUGAAGCCUCACGUGCAGGUUCCGGCAUCAAUUCACCCGCGCACUGCAAGCCUGGACCUAAACCGGACGCGCCAGAAAUACUAGAAAAACUCGACGACGGAGUGUUUGUGCGAACACUGCAAUGCCUGGCGGCGCAACAACAGAAGAACCAACAGGCUGGCUCGCACUCGAAGGAGCCCAGCCUCAUGCCGGUACCUUCCCCGCAGCAGAUCUCGUAUCUCAACCAAUUCGAAGGACAAGAGUUGACGAUACAGAAGCAGCCAAACACGUCGUUAAAAGACAACGGCCCGCCUUCAAACAGUGGUGGACAAACGCCACAGUCGAGUUCUAAUCAGAAAUCACCUGCUGGCAUGAUGCCAGGUACUCCAGAGCCACACUCGUCACUGUCAGAACAGCGUGCGGGUAGGUUUUCAAUGGAGCAGAGUCCAGGGUUCAACAAUCCACAGACACCAACUUCAGCAGCAAGCACCAAAUGUGGACAGGAUGAAAAGUCUCGCCCGAGUCCGUCAUCAAACCGUUCGAGUCAAGACAGUGCAUCAAAAACUCCUCAAAGAGAAUCCUUAAGCCAGGGCCCCUAUGCGCCGGCCUCUUCGGCCUCGUCCUGCGCCGGAAGUGUUAAAAGUAGUUGCAGUAUUGCCAGUAGCACAGCUAAUACUACGCCUAGUGGAGCUAUGGAUGAUAGUAACACCGAGACAACGUUAUCAGGUGGUCCAAACAGCACAAGUUUGCCCGGCCCGUUCCCUGGCCCAUGCAGUAUGAACAGGCCAGACAACAUUCCCAUCAACCCCAACCAGGGUCCCAACGGCCCAAUGGGCCCCGCUACCUCUUCCUUCGACCCUAUCUCUUCAUUGGCUCAAAUGUCGCAGCAGUUAACUAAUACAGUAGGCGGUGGUGGUCCCGGACCUGGUGGCCCUAUGGGACCCAACGGCAGCGGUAUGGGGCCCUUCGGCUCGGGGCCACACCAUAUGCAACAUCACCAUUCUAUGCAUCCACAUGGACAUCCUCAUAUGAUGAUGAACGAUCUUGGAUGUCAUAUGGAUAACAUGGGAGGCCCAGGAAUGGGAGGACCUAUGGAAGGAAUGAUGGGGGGCGGAGAUUUCCCACCGGAAAUGAACUUAAGUCCAAAAAUGGGCGGAGGACCCAUGGGUGGACCUAUGGGACCCAUGGGCCCCGACGGAUCGAUGAUGGGCGGACCCAGAAUGGGUGGCCCGGGCAAGAUGCCUCCUUUCAACGGCGCAAACGUUCAAGUAAAAGCGAGCGCGCCGAACACGAUACAGUAUUUACCGACGAGGCCACAGAUGCCGUGCAACUCGGGACCUAGAGGUCCUCCCAGCCUAGACUUCUUGCAGCGAGUCACGAAUCCGAUGCAAAUGGACAGCAGUAAAGGCGGCAUGCAGUACUUCCCCGGUGCAAGGGGCGUGGAAAUGGAAGGCGGCAUGCGCGGCAUGAUGCGCGCGCCCGGCAUGCUGCGGAUGCCGCACUACCCCACCGGCUUCAAUUCACCGCCGAAGAUGGGCGGUGAGCCCUUCGGCGGGCCGGGGCCAGGCCCUAACCCCAUGUGUGGGCCCGGGCCCAACUUCCGCGGCGUCAAGGGCGGUAUGGGGCCUGGCAACGUGCGCAUGGGCACGGGGCAGCCUCUGCCGCCGUCCAUGGGCGGGCCCAACCCAGGCUUCAAGGGGCAAGGCUUCGCGGUGCCGUCCACGGCGGACCCCAACUAUGCGGCGCAGUUCCACAACUUCCAGCAGCAGCUGUACGCCACGGGCAGCCGCGCCGCGCAGCCGCACCAGGGCUACCCGCCCUACCAGCCGUCCAAGUGAUGACCGGUGCCCCGCCCCGUGCCCUGUGAAUAGCCACCGCUUGUGAUAUGGACACUGCGAGACGUCUCUCGGUCGGCCCCGUAGCUCUACCAUACGGAUCUACGCUAUGGCCUGUCGAUACUAUUAAGUUUUAUAAUGUUCUUUUAUAUUGCAGACUGACCGGAGUUAGUGUUUUUCGCUGUAGAGAAACGUGAGCGUACUUAAUGUAUUUUAAUUAUACACCAGUGAAUGAGAGAUCAAAUAUUUUGUUAGUGAUUUUUCGUUAGUCCGAGUUUUAAUGAGAUUUUUCAUAAAAAUGUGUUUUUCGAAUUAUGUUAGCGUAUUUUGAUUAGGUCGUUAUUCUAGGUUUCUUGACUGAGCAUGAUUUUAGUGAAUGAGAAAGCAUUUGUACAAAUUGUACAAAGGUUUUAGACGUGUUGUCGUAUACUCUACAUAAUUUAAAGUACAGUUUUAGACAUAUUUUUGCUUAUGGCAAUGACUUAGAUUUUAGAGAAUUUUUUUACACAGACAAUGCCAGAAUUUCAGUGUAUUGGUUCCUUUACUUAGCUAUUUUUAUGUAUGAUUCCUAUUCACACAGUUAUCUAGUCAAUUUUUGAAAUUAAUGACGCCCAACCCUGUGUCAAAAUGUAAUCGUUGUUCAUUCGAAUCCGCAACUUGGGUACUUUUAAUAACUCGGAAGUACAUAUUUUAGUAUCAAUACUUUUUGUCCAUUUUAGUUUAAGAGUAAUUAGUGAAAUUGAUUUUUUAUAUUAUAAUAAUUGUUUGGCUUUGUGGCCAGUAUACUCUCGGAAUUAGUACCAGUUUGUUGCUAUGACUUUCUUUUAUUGAUCUGAAUAGCAAUGUUUUUUCUGUCUUCCAAUACAUAGACUCUAUACAAUAACGAAGAGUACAUUUUUAAACAUUUUACGCUUCAUUGAAGUCUUGCUUUUAAUUUAUUUAAAAGUACUUAAAAAUAUCUGAUGCCAUAUUGUUUGCCACAUGAAUUUGAUUUCGUGAUAUUUUUACUGUCCCUUAUUUAUUGCCUUCAGGAAGCGACAGUUUUCGUCAUAGUGUAAUUGAUAUGCUAGGUUAUUAGCGCACAUUGUGGUCGUCACAGUGGCCUUCGAUAGAUACUGCCUUGUUUAUAAAGCGUGAACCCCGGAAAAUGCGAGUUUUGCGUUAGUUUGUAUAAAACAGCGAUAUUUCUGUCUCGUUGCAUGGGAACGGGAAGAAAGAGGGAUUUGUAUAGCACAUUAAUAAAAAAUGCGAUUCACUUCACGUCUUGCAACGUGGCAGAAUACGCUACGUUUUAUACAUUACUAACUGUUUAGGUAACUUAUGCACUUGCGUUUUCAAACAGCGCAAUAUAAAUUACUAGAAAAGGAUUUCAGCUGUCUCACAUUGUAUGAAAACGUGGACAGUGACUUCAUAAUAUUCUCAUUGGAAGAUUCAAUGGCAUAUUACAUUAAAUGCCAACUGCGCCAUUUCCUGUGUUGUAACUAAAAUACUUAAAUUGAUGAUCUCAAUUCAGUAACUGGACACAAGUGUGUAAGUAACCUAAUAUUUUGUUGAGAUUAGGAAGGGCGUUGCAAUUUUGUGAGAAAACAGCACAACAGUCCAGUAAGAAACACCCGCUAGCAAUUAGAUAGUGUUAAUUUUAACGUAAUUGUAAUAUAAGGUAAAGAAUGGUUCUUGUUUUAGGAUUAAGUGAAGAGCAAUGAUAUAAAAUAGUUUGUGUAAUAUUGAUAAGAAAUGAAAUUAAGAUGCAAACUAUUGGUUGUGAUUCUGACACAAUUUGUUAAGUUGUUCGUAGAUUUGACACAGUAUAUGUGGAAUUAGAGGGUUUUUCGACACUAGCGAUUUUACGUUGCUCAAGUUUUAGUUGCUCACUCAAAUUGUAGGCAUGUACAGCAACUUUCAAACUUCUCGUAGUCUAGUUCGUUUUUACAACGUAUUCUUAAAUAUUUCGAAAGCAACGAAAAGACGUGCGAUUUAAAAUCGCUAGUCUACGGAAGCACUUACUGACUUCACGAUAAGGUCCUUUUCACUUGAUUUUUAUGUUUUUGGAUAUUUUUUACUUGUCGUUCUCGUUUGUACAUCGCUAACAAUAAUUGUACAGAGUACUUUUGGACUUAAUUUA